AGUAAGAGGCUGGUUGCAGAGGUGGACGCCGCAGUACCAAAACAAACGAUGUAGAUUGGGAAAAGAUUGAUUAUCUUUCGACCACAGGAAAGUCGUCAUGUCAUGAAGAGAAAUCUGGAUAGUCACCUGAACUCAUAGAGGCUGCCAAGGCCGUUGCAAUUAUAUUAUGUAUUAUUUUUUGACUGCAAGGGUCUCGAUUUCUCGUCUUUCAUGGACGGCUAGUUAGCCUGAUUGCUAGCUGCUGGCUAUUGAAGGCCUGGCUAGUCUCCAUUCUCAAGUGUCGAAGUUUAAUGUUGGUGUUUUGUCACCAACAAUUAAACAACAGAUGACGUAUUUUUCUGAAUUCAGGCGCUUUGUUUCGUGUUCUUCAGUCUGAGAGACUCAUUGAACUGCCAUUAAGCUCGCGAAAAAAGUGGGUUAGCUUGUAUCAUGAGUUGGUUCAACGCUUCGCAGCUGUCGAGCUUCGCUAAACAAGCGCUGACAUCAGCCCAGAAAUCCAUCGACCGUGUUUUGGACAUCAAAGAAGACGACCCAUGGGGAGACACCGUCGUUCCUACCUAUGACGCUUUGCCAAGCAAGCCUCUCCCAAGUGGGGGAUGGGGGAUGAACCAGUGGGACACCCCUGCGGAGGAGUGCACCAAGACCAUCCCUCCUUCCUCCUCCUCCGAGGCCAUCACCACCCCGGUGACCCGCAUGGUGGUGGACGAGACGGAGAGUUUCUUCAGUGCCUUCCUCCCUCCCGGGGACCUCCCUCCCAGCGCACACGUCAAAGGCGCCGCGCACGUCGUCUCUGUCGCACCGACCAAAUCUAGCCGGCGACGGGGACCACAGGUGAAGAAAGCAAGGAAGGACUCUGUGUCCUCAGUCGACGAUGUGGACUUCCCUCAGCUUGGCGAGACUGGCGAGGAGGACCAGGAGGAUAGUGAGGGGGACGUGGACAGUGGGUCUAUUCAUGCCGAGGCUGAACAGUCAGACAUGGGCCAAGGUGCGGUUGUGCUGGAGCUGGAGCCCAUCUCCUUGUCUGUGCCAGAGCAAACAAUCACCAGCGAUAGCCAGACACCCGCGCCUGACACCCCAGUGGUGCUACCCGCUGACGCCUCGCCGCCAGAAAGCCCUCAGAGCUCUGAGCCUGAGCUGUGUGAACCCGACGAUGACGGCCACCCCGCUGCUGUGGAAUCCGCCGAGGCUUCCGAACCUGACAAGAGCCCUUCCAAAGCAGAGCUGGCGCCCCCCGCCGCCAAGGAGAUGGCUCUGGAAGCCAAGGAGGCUGGGAAAGGGGGAGAGGACCGGCAGAGCGACACGCCCUCGCCCCCCGUCAGCGCCUUCUCCUCGGGCACCUCCACCACCAGCGACAUCGAGGUUCUGGACCACGAGAGCGUGCUGAGCGAGAGCUCGGCCAGCUCGCGGCAGGAGUCGGCGGAGGCCAAGGCGGGCCUGCACCUCAUGCAGGGCUCCUUCCAGCUGCUCUCGGCCUCGGCCUGCGGCGGCGAGUUCUCCGUGGGCGUGGGCAUGGUGGGCGUGCCCCCCCUGGACGACUACCCCAAGCUGCUGACGGAGAGCUGCGGCUCCUCCUCGGACGCCUUUGAGCGCAUCGACUCCUUCAGCGUGCAGUCGCUGGACAGCCGCAGCGUCAGCGAGGUCAACUCGGACGACGAGAUCCCGGGAGGCGGACGCACCCUGGCCUCCGUCACCUCCUCGGUGGCUUCGUCGCACCCCCCGCCCGCCACCGUCGCCCUCCUAGUGUCCGUGCAGAGUGAUGAUCAACAGGAGGCGCAGGGGGAGGAGGUGGAGGAGGAGGAGGAGGAGGAGGGUGGGGCCGAUCGGAGGCUGGACGAGACGCCGAAGGAGCAGCACUCUCUGGACGAGGCCGAGAUGGAGAUGGAGGUCGAGAGCGAGAUGGAGGAGAGUGGCCGCAGCGCCACGCCGGUCAACUGCGAGCAGCCAGAGGACGAGGAGCAGGAGUCGGACGUCACGCUGUCGGGGCUGAGCACGGACGCCUUCACCGAGCCCCUCACGCCGCCCAUCAUGGAGGAGAGGAGGGGCGCCUCCACCACGCAGAUCCUGGAGCUUCAAAAGAUCAUCGACGAGCUCACGAGCAGACUUGAGACGAGGGAGACCCAGCUUUUAUCAGUCAGCAAGGACAAGGCCAGGCUGGAAGAGCAGUGUGACAACCUUAAAGACGAGAUGAUAAGCUUGCGAGAGGAAACGACUACAGUCCAGUCUCUUCAGGAUGAGUUCACCCAGCGCAUUGCGGAAGCGGAGAGAAAGGCCCAGUUGGCCUGCAAGGAAAGAGACAUCGCCAAGAAGGAAAUCAAGGGGUUGAGGGACGAGCUCUCCACCCGCUUCAACUCCAACGAGACCCUGGAGCUCAUCAGGGAGAAGGAGGAACAGAUCAGAGGACUCCUGGAUGAAGGUGAGAAGUUGUCUAAGCAGCAGCUGCAGCACUCCACCAUCAUCAAGAAGCUGCGGGUGAAGGAGAAGGACAGCGAUGCCAAAAUCCUCAAGCAGACCAAGCAGCUGAAGGAGCACGAGGAGGAACUCAAACACCUGCAGCAGGUUCUGGACGCUAAAGAAGAGGUGGAGAAGCAGCACAGGGAGAACAUCAAGAAGCUGAACGCAGUGGUGGAGCGGCAGGAGCGGGAGGUGACCAAACUCCAGAGCGACCACGAGGAACUCCAGGAGAAGAGCCGCAGCGUCCAGGCAGCGCUCGACAGCUCUUACAAAGAGCUGGCGGAGCUGCACAAGGCCAACGCCACCAAGGACAGUGUGGCCCAGGAGCUGGCCCUGAGCCACCAGGUGCAGGCCAAGGAGGAGCUGGAGCAGGCCCUGGAGAGGGCCACAGAGGAGGCACGCAUGCAGCAGGAGGCCCUGGCCAACCAGGUGGCUGAUCUGAGGGUGGCCCUGCAGAGGGCUGAACAGCAGCAGGCCAGGAAGGAGGACUACCUCCGGGAGGAGAUCAGCGAGCUGCAGCAGAGGCUGCAGGCGGCAGAGAGCAGGAACCAGGAGCUGAGCCAGAGCGUCACCUCGGCAACACGGCCCCUCCUGCGGCAGAUCGAGAACCUGCAGGCCUCGCUCGGAGGACAGACGGCAUCAUGGGAGAAGCUGGAGAAGAGCAUCUCUGACAGGCUGGUGGACGCCCAGGCUCAGCUGGCCGUCGCCGUGGAGAAGGAGCGGGCGGCGACGGACGAGCUGCACGGCCUAAAGGCCCAGGUGGCCUCCCUGGAGUCCCAGAGCUCCCUGUUGCGGCAGGAGAAGGGCCGGCUGCAGGGCCUCCUGGAGGCUGAGAAGAGCCGCAGAGAGACGCUGGAGGACGACAUCAGCAGGGAGCACGUGGAGCUGGAGAAUCUGAGGGGGGAGCACACGCGGUCCCUGGAGGACUCUAGGAAAGAGAAGCUGCUGCUGACCAAUCAGCUGGAGAUGGAGAAGAUGAAGGUGGAGCAGGAGAAGAAGAAGUGCUACCUGGCUCAGGAGGCCCUCAAGGAGAAGGAGAGGAAGGCCAUGGUGCUGUCUGUGAGCGAGCCCCCGACCUCCUCCACCCCCUCCCUGUCUCGCUCCAGCUCCAUCAGUGGGACGGAGCAUGCCGGCCUACACUCCUCCCUAUUGGCCCAGGAGGACUCCCUGGACCACUCGUUUGGGCCCAUGUCCCUCAGUGGCAGUAACCUGUAUGAGGUGGCCCGUCUAGGGGGAGGCUCCAGCAUCAUGGAGAACCUGCAGUCACAGCUCAAACUCAGAGAGGGCGAGAUCGCACAGCUUCAGCUGGAGAUCGCAAGUCUGGAGAGGAGCCGUGCGGUCAUGGCAGAGGAGCUGGUGCGGCUGACCAAUCAGAACGAUGAGAUGGAGGACAAGGUCAAGGAGAUCCCUAAGCUGCGCGUUCAGCUCAAGGACUUGGAGCAGAGGCACAACACUAUCCUCCAGAUGUACGGGGAGAAAGCUGAGGAGGCAGAGGAGCUGCGGCUGGACCUGGAGGACGUCAAGAACAUGUACAAAACCCAGAUCGACGAACUGCUCAAAAAUCAAAAAUAGACUGGAAACAAAAGAAAGAGACAUUGAUAUUCAAUCAUUACAGGCUUUAAGUGCAUUCACUGUUUAAAAGAAAAAAAAGAAGAAGAAAUGUUGAAACUGAAUUGGGUGCUGGAUGAGGCGCUGAAUUUCUUCGCUCUGCAGACUCAUUGUAACAUCCAUUUUUUUGUCACUUCCUGUGACAAACACAAAUGUUUAGUCAUGUAUUUAUAGAUCAAUGGAUUACAGUUGAAAUAGACGAAAUAAGCGAUGUGAUUCUACACAUUUUAAAACACCAAUCAUAGCUUUAUUCACAACCGUAGAGUAAAACGAUCCUCUAAACAUGUGUAAAGGGUGUCACUGUCUCUCCUCUGUUAAUUUACUGUCAGUACUAUGUAAGUACAUGGCUGCCACUGGCUGAAUUGGCAACUGUGAGUUUAUGGAAUAUGUAAAGAUGGUAUUUAUUGAUGUGGAAUUGUACUGCAGUUUCUCUCGCCUAAGCUAAGACAGUUGCUGCAGCUCAUUCCCUGCCUGGUAUGACAUCCUGUUUUCUUAUACUACGUUUUGAUUUAUUUUGGGGGAAAGAACUCAAAUAUUAUAGGACGAAUGGGGAUGAAAAGGGUGAAGUUGGACUUGCACUAAAAUGUCUGUUUUCUUUUUUUACUUUUAUUUUCAAAUGAAGUUAUCUAUUGGUAGUAGUUUGUCAGAGAUGGGGCUCUACCAACAGUGGUCUAAUGUGCUAGUUUGCCUGUCAGGGGGGUGUUGCACAUAACCUUUAGACCCUUAUCCCGGCUUGUUUUAUAUUAACUAAAAUAAUUCACAGAGAUGCGUAUUUGGGAAUGGUAAAUUUUCAGAUUCUGUAGUUGUCUCCUGAUGUAAAUGUGUAAAUAAAUAAUCCAUUUAUUGUUGA